UAGAUUUGUAAAGUCAAAACUCAAACAAACAGCUUCAAACUCAAACCCAUAAAAGCUUUUCAGUUUCACCAACAUACAUUACAAACAAAUUCAUUAACUUAUACUUAUACUACUAGCAGUACUAAAUUAAUGUCCGCCUCAUCAACUCGCCGCCUCAAAGACCACGGCGUCGGAGGCGGCGCAACCAAACCCGCCGCAAAAACCUUAACCCCAAUCUCCGCCACCAAACCCAAAAACCCUACUUUACAGAAAUCUGCCUCCGGCAAAGAGAACCCCAGGCCCACCACCCUUACUUCUCGGUCCCAAAAGCCCACUCUCCGCCCAGUUCCUCGCGUCGACAAGACCGUGUCCAUGUCUCUCUCCAACGACGGCGCCGAUUCGCGUGUCCGGUGGUCCACGUCAUCUGCCCCUAGAGGUAGGAGCUCUAGUCCUUCUGAUCCCAUUAGGGUUUUCUCAGAUCGUAGGGUUUCGAAUCCUGUGGGUGGUACUAGGCAGAAAAAGGGGUCUAGGGAUUUGAGUGCAACUCGGACUAGGGCUUCUAGGGAUUGCAUAGAAAGUGUGGAAUUGGAAAAAAAGAGUGGGCUUUGUGAAAAAUUUAAAAUGGGAGGAGUGGAAAGUGGGAAGAAAUUGAAUGGGAUUAGGGUUUUGGAAAAUUGUAACGGGAAGCUUAAUUUAAGCUCAGAUUCGAUGAAUUUUGAUGAAAAAGUUGGACUUGGUGUUAGUGUUGGGGUUGAUAAGGUUUUCAAGUCGAAUGAGGAAGUUGUGAAGGUUGGAAAUGGUUUUGAGAAGUCUUUGAAUGAUUCGAAGAAUGAGAAGGGCUUAGUUGAAGAUGGGUUGGGUGGUCAGGUCAGUAACAAGUAUCCGAGCAAACUUCAUGAAAAGCUUGCGUUUUUGGAAGGGAAAGUGAAGAGGAUUGCGUCGGAUAUUAAGAGAACAAAGGAGAUGUUAGAUAUGAAUAACCCCGACACAUCAAAGGUGAUACUUUCAGAUAUUCAGAGCAAGAUUUCAGGGAUUGAGAAGGCGAUGGUUAUUGUUGGAGGCGAUUCAGAUGGGAAAGUUGGGGUGUUGAAAGGAAAUGGUGAGCGUGAGGAUGGGGUGGUUGAGAAGGGAAAGAGUGUGGAAGGGGAUAGUGCUAAAAGUUCGGUUAAAGGGUUGAAUUGUGAGGAACUGGAAGCUAGACUCUUUCCUCAUCAUAAGUUGCUCAGAAAUCGGACGACUUUGAAAGUAACAUCAGGUGGUACUCAAAUUCAUGACCCACAUGUUGUAGGAUCUAAUUGUGAAUCAAAGGUGGAGGGGAAAUUGUUUAGCCCUAUUGAUGAGAACCCAAUAGCAGUUGAGUUCUUGGCUUCCUUGAAUACCGAGCAAGCUAAAGUCACCACGAGGGACCAGCAAGCUGGUUUAGAAUAUUGUGAAGUUCAAGAAAUGGAUGGCGCUGCCUCUACAGGAGCUCAAGAUUCUUCAAAUAUUUUCAAUGAUAAGCGUGAUUUUGAGCUCAAGCUCACAACUGAUGAGAGACUUGAUGAGUUUGAUGAUCAGGAGAAUAUAGAGAAUGCAAUAAUUGGUGAGGAGAUAGAAGAUACUUGCAUUGAUCAGCUGAAUGAAAUUGGCUGUAAGACCUCAACAGGAGGAUGGUUUGUCUCUGAGGGGGAGGCAGUGCUACUCACCCAUAUAGAUGGUUGUUGCUCAUUUUAUGAUAUUGCUAAUUCUGAGGAGAAGGCUGAGUACAAGCCUCCAUCUGGAGUCUCAUCUGGUAUAUGGAGGGAUUGUUGGAUAAUUCGUGCUCCUGGUGCGGAUGGCUGCUCGGGAAGAUAUGUUGUGGCUGCAUCUGCUGGGAAUGCCAUGGAUUCAGGAUUUUGCUCCUGGGAUUUCUACACCAAAGAUGUGCGAGCUUUCCAAAUUGAGGAAGGUACAAUUUCUUCCAGAACAGUACUUGGUCCCUUAUCCAAUAACUUUGUACAUAGAAGAACUUCUGUUCAUAGUAUUCUGGCCCCGGAAACUCGGCAAUGGUGGUAUAGACCCUGUGGACCUCUCAUAAUCUCAACUGCCAGCUGUCAGAAGGGUGUGAGAAUUUUUGAUAUUCGUGAUGGGGAGCAAAUUAUGAAAUGGGAUGUGCAGAAGCCUGUGUUGACAAUGGACUAUUCAAGCCCAGUGCAGUGGAGAAACAGAGGAAAAGUAGUUGUUGCUGAAGCAGAGACAAUUUCAGUGUGGGAUGUGAAUUCUCUCAGUCCUCAAGCACUAGUAUCUGUGUCUUUGUCUGGUCGAAAAGUUUCUGCUCUUCAUGUGAACAAUACUGAUGCUGAAUUGGGUGGUGGGGUUCGUCAAAGAGUAAGUUCAGCGGAAGCAGAAGGAAAUGAUGGUGUAUUCUGCACCAUGGAUUCUAUCAAUAUUUUGGACUUUCGCCACCCAUCUGGGGUAGGUCUUAAGAUACCAAAACUUGGUGUCAGUGUACAGUCAGUUUUCUCUCGAGGAGAUUCUAUCUUCCUUGGCUGCUCUAGUUUAAGGUCAGUAGGGGGAAAGCAGUCUUCUUCACAGGUGCAACAGUACUCAUUGCGCAAACAAAGGCUAUACAGCACUUAUGAUUUCCCAGAAUCCAAUGCACACUUCCACCACACAGCAAUAACACAAGUUUGGGGAAAUUCAAACCUUAUAAUGGGUGCCUGUGGGUUGGGGCUAUUUGUAUUUGAUGCCAUGAGGGAUGAUGGGUUGCAGUCUCUCACCAUUGAUUCUGGGAACACUCAAAAAGUUAUAGAUACCAUUGGUCCAAAUGACUUGUGUUCCCCUUCCUUUGAUUACUUGUCAUCUCGUGCUCUCCUUAUAUCAAGAGAUCGCCCAGCAGUGUGGAGGCGCUUAUCAGAGGUAUGAGACAUGCUUGAAACCUGUUUAGCCUGAUUUGCCUAGGAAAGGACUAUAAGCAAAAGAAUGUGCCGCUGUUUGUGUUCUAUUAUCUCAUGCUAUGUAACAUGUUUGAAAUAAUAUGUGCUAUAUUUAUUGAA